UCGCUGUUUCCCCACGUGGCUGCUAUAAUUAAUAAGUAAAACAAUGUUUUGAGCUAUAGCUCUGAGCAUAAUACAGAAAGACAAACCAAGUAAAGAGAAGCUUAGCAUCAGCAAAACUAGUCUAACAUCAUUGGUGCUAUAUAUAGAUCGAAAUCCAACAUCGAUAAAGUCAACAUAAUCCAAACUCUACUAUAUUUACUUCAUGGAGCUUCAAUGGCCCCCUUCCUUCCAAGUCCUGUUUACCUUCUUGCUCUUCAUUAUUAUGGUAGUGAACAUAGCGACGAGGAGCAAAGCCAAGUACUCAGCUUCAAAAAAUCUACCCCCUGGGCCAUGGAAGCUACCCGUUAUAGGAAAUCUACACCAGCUCGUUGGCUCUCUACCCCAUCAUGUUCUAAGAGACUUGGCCAACAAAUAUGGACCCCUUAUGCACCUCAAGCUUGGAGAAGUUUCCACCAUAGUUGUUUCAUCACCAGAGAUUGCUAAAGAGGUGAUGAAAACCCAUGAUGUUGUCUUUGCAUCAAGGCCGCAGAUCCUUGCUACAGCUAUCAUGACUUACGGUUGUACAAGCGUUUCGUUUGCACCAUAUGGCGAUUACUGGAGACAGCUAAGAAAGAUUUACGCACAUGAGCUUUUGAGCAAAAUGCGUGUUCAAAGCUACCGAUCUGUAAGAGAAGAUGAGGUACUGAAUCUCAUCAAACGGAUUUCUUUAAAAACAGGAUCAACAGUCAAUCUUACCAGUGAAAUUUACUCAUCAACAUAUAGCAUCUCGUACCGAGCAGCCUUUGGUAAAAGAAGCAAAGAUCUUGAAAACUUCAUACAUUGUGUGAAGGAAUCUAUGAAGCUGGCGAGCGGCUUUAAUUUAGCAGAUGUUUUUCCUUCAGUCAAAUUGCUUCAUCUGCUAAGUGGGAUGAAGCCCAAACUCGAGAGGCUGCAUAAAGAAGCUGACAGGAUAAUGGAGAACAUCAUUAAUGAGCACAAGGAAGAUAAGACAUCAACAAAAGUUCUCGAAGGUGAAGCAGAGGAAGACCUUCUAGAUGUUCUCCUAAAGUUUCAUGAACAUGGCGGUGGGCUUGAGUUUUCCCUAACCACUGAAAACAUCAAAGCAGUAAUCAUAGAGAUAUUUGGUGGUGGGGGUGAGACAUCAUCUACAACUGUUGAUUGGGCAAUGUCAGAAAUGAUUAAAAAUCCGAGAAUAAUGAAAAUGGCACAGAAUGAAGUGAGGGAAGUGUUUAAUAGAAAAGGGAUCGCAGAUGAAACAAGCAAUGGGGAGAUGAAAUAUUUGGACUUAGUUAUCAAAGAGACACUAAGGUUACACCCUUCUAAUCCCUUGCUACUUCCAAGAGAAUGCAGUGAGAGGUGUGAGAUUGAUGGAUAUGAAAUACCUGUCAAAACCAAGGUAGUUAUCAAUGCAUGGGCAAUUGCUACAGAUCCAAGUUACUGGACUGAGCCUGAGAGCUUUACUCCAGAGAGAUUUCUUGACAGCUCUAUUGACUACAGGGGAUUAAACUUUGAGUAUAUCCCAUUUGGUGCUGGAAGGAGAAUUUGCCCUGGCAUAUCAUUUGGUCUGGCCAACGUCAAGCUCCAACUUGCAAUGUUGUUAUACCAUUUUGAUUGGAAGCUCCCCAAAGGAAUGAAGCACGAUGACCUGGACAUGACUGAGGCCUUCGGUGUCACCUCCAGCAGGAAACAGGAUCUGCACUUGAUUCCCAUUCCAUAUCAUCAUCCACCUACUGAAAAAGCCCAAGUAUAAGAAGGUGAUGAGAAAGUUGAAUUAUGUUAUUAUUAUGAAAUAUGGGAAAUUCUAUGCUGUUAUAAUUAACGUAUCAACAAUGAAUAAUUUAUUUCUUUUCCAUCUUUUA